AUGGAGACGGCUCGACCAUACCAAAACAAUAAUGAAAAUCGUAAUAGGAAUUGGAACCGGUCAAAUUCUAAUAGAAGUAUAAUAUGUUAUAAUUGUGGCGAACAAGGACACAUCAGUAGCAAUUGCGAAAAGCCACGACAAAAUAGUCGAUACCGUGAUAAUGCUGGAGGAAACCCGCCAAAUCGUAACAAUGCAAACGCCGCCACGCAAAACAAUGCUCGUCCAAAUAUGGAUGAACCGCAGAUCGACACUAAUGUAGGAAAUAAAAACGGAAAUGUUAAUGAUGCCCUUCUGGUGCAAUUGCAAGCGCUAACAAACAACUUACAAACGAUGGUCGAAAAUCAAAAUACUACUAACAACAAUGCCCUACUCGCAACCCACGAUUACUUGGCUAGCGAAAAGAAACAGAAGGCAACAAUUCGACACGAGCCGUAUGUCAAAGAACACAACACAAGAAGUCGACAAAAUAAUAACGACGAUAAAUCGGGCAAUCCCCUUGCAGAGGAGACGCUUAGUGACAGGGAGAUGGACGAGGCGGGUCCAUCAACGAAUAUUGUUAAAGACAGC